GCGAGCGCCGCUGAAGAGAACGGGCGGCCCAGCCUUGGCGGAGCUCCUUGUCGCUCUGUGAAGGGAGACCCGGCGCGGCAGGCGGCCAUGUCCAUGGAGGACCCCUUCUUUGUGGUGAAAGGGGAGGUUCAGAAGGCAGUGAACACUGCCCAGGGGCUGUUCCAGAGAUGGACAGAACUCCUGCAAGAUCCGUGUACAGCUACACGGGAAGAAAUUGACUGGACCACCAAUGAGCUGAGGAACAACCUAAGGAGCAUCGAGUGGGAUCUUGAAGACUUAGAUGAAACCAUUAGCAUUGUUGAAGCAAAUCCUCGGAAAUUCAACCUUGAUGCCACAGAACUGGGUGUGAGAAAAGCCUUUAUCACAAGCACACGGCAGGUGGUCAGGGAUAUGAAGGAUCAAAUGUCAAAUACUUCUGUUCAAGCCCUAGCUGAAAGGAAAAACAGGCAGGUGCUGUUAGGAGAAAGUGGUACUCACAGCUGGAGUUCUGGGUCUGACAAAUACGGCCGCUUGGAUAGAGAACUGCAGUCGGCAAAUUCACAUUUCAUUGAGGAUCAGCAAGCGCAGCAACAGUUAAUAAUUGAACAGCAAGAUGAACAGUUGGAGCUGGUCUCUGGCAGCAUUGGUGUCCUAAAGAACAUGUCCCAGCGCAUUGGAGGGGAACUGGAUGAACAAGCAGUUAUGCUGGACGACUUUUCUCAUGAGAUGGACAGCACUCAGUCUCGGCUAGAUAACGUCAUGAAGAAGCUUGCAAAAGUGUCCCAUAUGACCAGUGAUCGGCGACAGUGGUGUGCAAUUAUCAUUCUCUUCACUAUCCUGUUGGUGGUGCUGAUCUUAUUUUUUGUGUUGUGACAAGAUCAGAGUUCCGAUUCUUGUCCUAGCUCCCCUCUGAAUGAAAUCUCAGACACUGUGCAUCUCCAAGAGAGAAUUCUCACCCUAGAAGACCUAUGCUGGGAGCUUGAGACUGAGCUGUUCUGUGGGUGACCACCUGUGGCGUGACACUCUCUCAUGGCUUUUCUGCUUAUCCUCAUCCAUGUGCCUGAGUGGGGAAACAAAUGGAGGACUAACAAAUGCACAAGCUCUGCUGUAACAGGAAGCAGCUCUUGUGGGUUGCAGAUGCUGCUGGUUUUUUUCUGUGCUCCUCUAUAGUGAGAUGAUUCAGAAUGGAAGAAACCAACAGAUUUCAGCCAUUUUGCAGCCAUUUUGCAGGUAUGAACCACAUUCAGGAAGUGAUCCAAAAUCGUUUCAUCUGCUUGUCCAAACAAGAUUCUUGGCAGCACAUAGAAUGUGUGCGUGUGACACAAACUCCUUGGGGAGAUGGAGUAUUCCAUUGGCUGUAGGAUUCCCUUCACAGGCCAGCCACACAGCACUGGCCUACAAAAUAAUUGUGGAUCCUUAAAAAGAGAAGAGGGAGGGGGGAACAAAAGCAGCCACUAACCCAUGGAUAUUUGUCUUCCUUCAGAACAGGAUUGUACAAUCAGGCUGCCAAGGGUAAUUGUUAAUGUACCCUGCUGUUGAAAUACUACACUACAUGGAACAGACCAAUGCAUACCUUGGCCUUCAAAUAAUAAUGAUAAUUAAAAAAAAACAGGUCGAAACCUGUAGGCUUGUAAGUGUUGAAACAAAAGCUAAUCUGAGUCUGCACAUUUUAAAAGCAGGCGCUGUUGUAGAGACAGCCCAAACAAGCCCUGCUGAUCAGGUCUGGCCCCUGCUUCGUUCUGUGAAAUAGACCCGGCUCUAGCAGGCUAGAAUAACUCUGAGCAAAUCCUUCUGUGUGUCAGGAUUGUAACCCUGCUGAGUUGUCCUACUUCAGGCAGCUAUAGUUGGACUCCAGUUUUCAGAGCUUCAACCUCCGUUUCACUGCCCACAAAGUGGAAAACUGGCAAACAUACUGUAGCUAAAGUUUUGACGACCAUUUUUCCCCUGCGUGAAAAUUUUUUGCUUUGGUUAUACAAGCCCUCUGAAAAGAGAAGUUUGUGCAGUGGGUGGCAGGAGAUGGCUCCAUCUUGUAUCUGCCGCACUUUUAAAUGUCUACUUUUGUUUGGUGAGUGACCAUUAUCUAGUGGAAGUUUGAGGAAAGAAUGGCUUAAGAUGAGCCCUGGCCCCAUUCUGUCCCAUACGUACAGCCCCUGUAUCUUAAAGAAGCAAGAUUCCUCUUUAAGUCUGGUGUAGUGGAUAAGAGCGUGGGACUCUAAUCUGGAGAACCGGGUUUGAUUCCCCACUCCUCCACUUGUAGCCAACUGGCUGACCUUGGGUCAGUCACAGCUUCUAGGAACUCUCUCAGCCCCACCCAUCUCACAGGGUGAUUAUUGUUGUGGGGAUAAUAAUGACAUACUUUGUAAACCGCUCUGAGUGGGCAUUAAGUUGUCCUGAAGGGUGGUAUAUAAAUUGAAUAUUAUUAUUAUUUGAUACACUAACGUUCAUGAAAUAUCUUGAGUCGUCCUGCACCUUUAAUGCUUUAGAAAUUGAAAUAUUGGUUCAUUUGCAAAAGAAAACCAAUAAUUUAUCAUCGUUCCAACCCUGGAGAAUCACGGGAUUUUAAUUCUUUAAUCUGAAAUUUGUUGGUUUUUGAUAGUAUGGUAGAGUUAUAUACUAAUAAACAAAUACGUUCCUGUCUGCCCUCAGGCCCCCUUUGAGGCUUCUGAAAAUGGGUAAAAGUUCUACAGCCUCCUAGUCUGUCUCAUGGGUGGCUUUGCCUUGCUGUCUGUUGGAAAGGCAGCCCACUUAUUUAGGAGACUUCAUAGCCCAUGUUCUGUCUGACUUUAAAAAGUCCAUUUUUCAGACUUUUCUAACAGUAUUUCUUGGACUGUCUAUAUACCAAAUUCUAGCAGUCUGUUGAAGUCCUUACUUUUGACAUGGCGAAGUUCAAGCAUUUUUGAACAUUUCUUCAAUAGCUGAGGUUCACACUUUGAUCAGUCCAAGUCAAGUUAGCCUGCAUGCAGGAAUCUGCUGAACGAUGGGUGGUGGGGGUGGCUGGUGUCCUACAUUUCAGAACAAGGAACAAAACCCAGGUGAUACCUCUUAUUAGGGCCAACAAAAAUGACACAAAACAUCUUGUAGGCUUGCGAGCUCAUCAGAACUGUUCAUCAGGCUAGAUGUUACAAAAACUGAAAAAUGAAGGAGUGGGGGGAAGCAGAUUGUCUAGGUCACACUCUCAAGACCCUGCCUUGCCAUCCUAGAUGCAGACAGGCUCAUGGUUUAAUUGCUGUAGGUGUGAGAUUCCAGCACUUGCAUUCAAUGAAGGAUAUUUUUCCAAAUGAGAUGAGCCCUUCCAAAUGAGAGUCCAGCAAGAUCCAAGUGUCACUCAAAAACCCAUGGGAGAAUUUCAGUCAGGGUAGGUCACAGGGCUGGGUUGUUUACAAGAUGAUUCAAGCUAUCUAGCACUCCAACCUGGUCACUUUGAAACCUCAGUCAGGUCCCUUCUUUCAGGUAGCAUCUUUGUGAUUUUAUCUCUGUACACCUUCGCUCUAAUUCGUAACUCUUUUUCGUGGUUAUUCCCUGUGAAAGCAGGCAAGUCGGGAAAACUCUUCAGGUGUGUUUGUACUCGCUCUAUAAUUGCCAGGUUACUUUAAGAGACUGUUUUAAACAGCUGGUUUCUUAACUUCAGCCAGACCUCUUAGCCUAAAAGUUGAAAGAGUUAUUCUUUGGCUGUAACGGUUAAGAAACAAACACAUUCUUUUUCUAUUGCUUGCAGACACAAAUAGAUUGACUGGUAUCAAAACCAGUCUACAUGUUUUCUUUCUAUAGAAAUAGAAUUUCUUUUGAUAAGAAUCCCAAAUUGGGGGAGCCAAGCUAGGCCCAGAAGUCACUCUUUCGCCUGCAUUGGGCAGAUUGUUAUACAUCCCUUUCCCCCAGUAUGAGAACUGUGACAGGUUGUAGCUUCCUACAUAGAGCCCACCCACCCUCCAAUUUUUGCUUCUUGCAAAAAAACUAAACUUCUUCGAGAUUCAUAGAGCCUGUAGAUGUUCCCAGCAACAGCAGGUCUGUGAGGGAGACCAAAAAGGGCAUUUUUACAUACAUCUUCUGUAAAAAGUAUUUUACUGGUUACACAUUUCUGUUUUUGCAAGAGUUCCUAACAUGAGACUGACUUCAGUGAUGUUGGCUUUGCUAAACUUUCCGUGGGGGUGCCUGAAGCCUAGAUGGGCUCCCAGAUGUUUACUCUAGAUUUGGAGUCUCCCAUCCCCCCUCACUAUUUAUUUGAAGUUAGAAAGCCUGGUUUUCCACACCCUGUUGGGGGUGCUUGCACAGCUGGGAUCAAUCUUGGUUGCCUGCUUGUUCUCUUGUUUGGAAGUACUGGUUCGCAGGCCAGUGAAAGAGCCAGACAGCUGCCAUUUCCUUGCAAAUGCACAAUCCCCACCCCCCAAAUGUUUUUAGAAAGUGGGUGGGGGCAGGUGGAGCUUUUGCUUAGCAGGGCUUCUGAUUGGCCAUUGGAAAUCUGAUUGGCUGUGCAGAUUUUUAAGAAGUUGCUUUGGCAGCAGCUGCCACCACAGCACAAAGAUCUUUACUGUAUGAAUGAAGCUGAACUGUGUGUAUGCAAACAAAGAGUUUUAAAUAAUAUGCUCAUUUUAAAAGGCAUCCUGUUAAACAACUUCUGUGGCCUGAAAUAUUGAAGAGUUAAUGUUGGAGUUAUGCAUGACCUCAUUCCCUGAGAUUUUGUGGCUGGCUCUGCUUCUUGUGUCAGUCAUUUUGUGGCUGUGCUCAUCAACCAGUGUCAGAAUUCCAAAGGUGCCUGCAGGCUCAAAGAGGUCAGGGACCUCUGUCCUACAAGCUUUUGCAAGGCACUAGGUCUCAUUGGUUUUCAAGGAAUUGCUUUCCAGUUUUGGGGAAAGAGGUUUCCUUAAGGCAGAAAGCUUGAAUGUGUAACCAAGCUUCUCUGUCCAUCUUGCCCUACCUCUCCCCCAGGAGAAGGAAAAGUAUCUAACUCCUGCUGUUCCCCACUUUGCAGAAAAUCUGUUUAGUGUACAACACUCCUAAACUCCAGAUGCAUAAAUCCUGCCAGCGCCCUUCACUCUGCCUUCAGAGACCCCAGCAGUCAUUAGCACUCCUUAAAGAGCCAGUUUGCAACUGAGAACGGGACCCCUGCUCUCUUCUCUUAGUACUCUGAAGCAAAGGGCCUCACAAGUAAUUUUUAAAUUUUUGAAUGGUUUUAUGGCAGUCCAAGCUCAUUAUGUUCUAUUAACUGCGUACCAUAGCGUUAACACUGUAAUGCUCUGUACUGUAUUUCUUAGAUGCUAAGUGAAUUCUAUAGCUUUCCCCCAUAUAAAUCCUGCUUGUAUCUAAUAACAUCUCCACCUCCACUCCUUGUCAAAGAGGGUAGGUAUUAAACAAAAGUCUCUCUAGGUCUGAAUGCAUCCCUUUGAAUGGUUGACUUCUCAGUACUGUUUUAACAAAGGGGGCUUUUGUAUGUGUGGACAAUUCUGAUGUGGCUGCCACUUUGCUACAGGCAAUGCUUUUGUUUGAGACAAAUUCCAUGAAAUGACUAAUUUUAGACAUGAGGUUAGAAGUUUUGAGGCUCGCCUUCCAAAACAAGAGGUUGCCCCUUCCUGUAAGGAAGGAAAAAGCUUAAUUAAGUCCAGGUGUUUCCAGUGCAAACCUCUCAGCUGUGAUUCCGCACUCUAAAAGAUGUUAGGCUAGAAUGCCCAAGAUCCCUUUCCUUGGUCACUUUAACUUACUGAGAUUUGUAUGUGCCUUAUAGAAAGUGCAGCAAAGUACUGCUAACGGAAUAAAUCCUGGAAAAAUUAUUGCACUGAAUUUUGGAAAUAGGCACCGUCUUGGACCGUUAUUCCCGAAGCACAAAUACGUAACUUGAGAGAAUGGCUGCAAGAAAUUAAAACACAGAAGGCGAGGCUUUGAGGAUGCCACAUUCCAUCUGCCUGUCCUGAGGGCACAUAAUUUUAGUGCCUAUCAGCACUUAGAGACUGAAUGAUCUAGUAAUCCUGCCACAGAGAUUUGGCAGCAGUAUCUGCCCUCUGGGGAGGUUGCCCACUGCAUCUCUGCAUGAGUCACUACUAUGGAUGUGCCACCUAAUCUUGUAUGGGUACCUUCUGAUUUUAAAUGCAGCAAAUACUGUGCCUCAGAGCUCAAAAUUUGGGAAAUACUGCAUUUGUACAAAAACUCUUAAACCUUCCCUGUGUAGACAAGGAGAUUUGCAUGCAGCUUAUUGCCUGACAAGUCGUUCGAUUGUGGCCCUCUCAACCUGUUAAAAACGAUUUACUGUCAUCAGUCUUUUAUACAUCAGUGUCAUUAUUGAAUUGUAUGCCAAUGCUAAGAUUGUGAUGGUGUAGGCUCCUGGACUGUGGUUUAAGCUUGGUGACAAACAACUAUAUGCACUGCUGCCUAUGUGUGUAUUUUUCCCCCUGACGCUGUCCUCAUUCAUACAAAACAGUGCCCCAUUGUUUUGUUCCUUACCAUGUGUCAAGGAGUUGCAGAAGCUGCGGGCCAGGGUGGUGGGCAGCAGCUGGUGAUUCUCACGCCCUCCACCACCCCCAUCUCCUCUCCCAGAGCGGCGUAAACAUGUUUGCAGCUUUACCCUGAACGUGUGCACAGUUUGUUUGGGAGGUAAAGGUUUGCAAAAAGCUGAUUUCCCCGAAUCACUCCCUGCCCUGCUGCUGCUCUUUAUAACAUGUUAGUGCUGUUUUACUGCUUCCUCCAGGUUGAAAAUGCCAUUUAAAGAAGAGCAGCGUGGGGCUCUGAGUGAAAGCUGACCAGACCCUAAGAACAGUCGAGAGGGGACAGGGGGGCUUUGUUGUCUCCUUGCAGCUGUUGCAGGUGCAGUGGUAGUCCUAUGGCCAGGGCAGCAUAGGGUGGCUUGGGCCGCUUACAGGUAGAUUGACAAAGGAAGGCUGGGUGCUUACAUCCUCAAAAGUUCUGUAGAUUCGGGCAUUUUUGACAGGUGCAGCAUGCCAUGCAGGACAAAAGAGGCUGAACCUGGCUUGUUAUAAUGGCUUACCUCCUUCAGUCCAGGCUCACCUAUGCCAUGAAUACCACUAGGUUGCCACAGGGGAGCCAUUCUCUCUUAGCUUUUGGUCUCAUUCUCCCUUAUGGCAACAUCCCUGGAAGACUUACUGCUAUUUGUAUAGAGCUUUGAACUGCAAGUCUUAGGGGGGAAACGUUUAAAGCCCUUGCCUCAUUUUCGCCAGGUUAAGUGAUUGAGGAAUUAGGGCCAUGAAAGGGUAUACAUUUUCCAAGCAAGCUACACAGAGAAUCACUGCCUCCAACCGCCACCACCCCUGUGCCGUCUGGGUCUUCAAAGAAGGGCCAAGUGACAGAAAACUUCCUUCCACCCGGCACUAGGAUCCAAACCCAAAUACCAUCUGUAGUCACUAAUGGAAAGCCUUUUACCUCCUUGGGCAUCCUAAGGGAAGGAGUCGCUUCCCCCUCUCCUCCAGCAGCCUAAUUGGUUUACCAUCUGGGUAAAGAGAAGCAACUUGUUUAGUUUGAAACAGAUGCUUUUCUUUCCCUUAAAAGGGAGCUUUUUUGAAUAAUAAAACUAAGAACAGGUUUUUAAACUAUUUCCUGUAUAGCUCUGUUGGGAGUAGAUUUACUUGGGCAUUAAUAUACCCUUUUUGUUUAUCCAUUACAUGUUGCAUUAAUUAACCCUGUGGUGGGUAUGGAUGCGGUGCUACUAAGGGUUGACUGGCUUACCACCCAACCUGACUGACCUCUAUUACUGAAGUGGAAAAAGCAAUCACAUUGGACAAGAGACUUACUAUUUUGGAUAAGGCAAAAGCUCAAUUCGCCAGCCAAUGUGUGUGUGGGGGGGGGGGGAGACUCCUAGCAGGUGGAGGCAUAUCAUAUCAUCAGAAGAACAGGUUAGCAAUGAAGAAUCAUCUGUGGAUAGUCUCUGGAAUGCACUGUGAAGGUCACCUGUGACCAGCCUUUCAAGAGAAGAGCUGGACGUGUGUGUGUGAUCUGGUUGGGAGAUAUGGGGAAUCACAGCAAAGAUCCUCAGAUUAAAAAUGGACGGGGGGGGGGGGUUGCACUGGCAGCUAAAUGUAGUGUAACUUUGAGAAGUUGUCAACCACUGUUUCCUAGUCUUGUUGGAAUCAUGUUACAAUUGUAUACAUUUUUAAAAAGGCAGAUCUUGCUGCAGUAUUAAAAGAGGAAAUUGACUUAC